CGAACAUGGAUAACAAACUGAACGACCACACUAACAUGCCCACCUUAAUUGAACUCACAUGAAUUUCCCUCUCAUUGUCUGCUCCAUCCAAAUCAACAAUCAAAUCCCCCCAUCCUCCACUUGCGCCGUCAAAUCACCGCACGCGCCACCGCACUCCGCCCCAUAACGUGGUUGCUCAGUCAGCCCCUGAAAAACACGACAAACAAACACGACACAACCUGCUAAAAACAUGGAACCUCCUUUCCAAAAAUAGCAUAACUCCUCUAACCUCUUUCAUUUGGAUCAAUCACACAAAUCGAAUCAAAUCCAUUUUUGUUUUCUUCUCUUCUUUGAUUCUUUCUUUCUAUGUCUCGUGCUCCCAACUAUGAGUUUCAGGAAUGGUGGAACAAGCAGAGAGACAAGGAGAAUCUCGACCUCUUGGAAGUUAAGGCGGACCAAGCCUCCUCCUCCCCUUUCACCGCCGUCGAUGUCGGAGACAUCGGCGGCGGAGCUGCUGGUGGUGGUCGGUCAGAUCCGUCGGUGGAGAAAGAUCGUGCACGCAGCGCGCGGCAGUUGAGGUGGGUUUGCUUGUUGAGGUUCCAGCAAAUUGCGUCGAAUCUCUCAUCGAUUUCCAACGGUUUCCUCUUCUUCCUCCGCGCCGCGAACCGCCGGAUCUCGUCGCAUUCGCUGGCGGAUUCAGGGACGUCGCGGCUCUACCGUGCGAUCAGGGUGUUUCUGAUUGUGGUGAUUGGUUUGUUAGGGUUUGAGCUGGUGGCGUACUUCAAAGGGUGGCAUUUUCGGCCGCCGUCGGUGGGGUCUGCGGAGGUGUUGGGAAUGGUGGGGGUGGUUUAUGCGCGGUGGUUGGAGAUUCGGGCGAGUUACUUGGCGCCGCCGUUGCAGAGUUUGGCGAAUAUGUGCAUUGCGUUGUUCAUUGUGCAGUCUGUGGAUAGGGUGGUUUUGAUCUUGGGGUGCUUCUGGAUCAAGUUUAGGAGAAUUAGGCCUGUUGCUGAAGUGGACUAUGAGGGUGAUGUUGAGAGUGUGGAGGAUUACCCUAUGGUGUUGGUUCAGAUUCCCAUGUGCAAUGAAAGGGAGGUUUACCAGCAAUCUAUUGGAGCAGUUUGUAUCAUGGAUUGGCCAAAGGAGAGAAUGCUUGUACAGGUUCUUGAUGAUUCUGAUGAAGUAGAUACCCAACAGCUCAUCAAGGCAGAAGUGAAUAAAUGGCAACAAAGGGGUGUUCGGAUAAUUUAUAGACAUAGGCUUAUACGUACAGGCUACAAGGCAGGGAAUCUUAAAUCCGCAAUGGGCUGUGAUUAUGUUAAGGAUUAUGAGUUUGUGGCAAUAUUUGAUGCUGAUUUUCAACCUACACCAGAUUUCUUGAAGAAGACAAUACCUUAUUUCAAGGGAAAGGAUGAUGUGGCAUUAGUCCAGACAAGAUGGGCAUUUGUAAACAAGGAUGAGAACUUGCUUACAAGAUUGCAGAACAUUAAUUUAUCUUUCCACUUUGAGGUUGAACAGCAGGUGAAUAGUGUCUUCAUUAACUUCUUUGGUUUUAAUGGAACUGCUGGUGUCUGGAGAAUAAAGGCCCUUGAGGAGAGUGGUGGCUGGUUGGAGCGAACAACUGUGGAGGACAUGGAUAUUGCUGUUCGUGCUCAUCUCUGUGGAUGGAAGUUCAUAUUUCUCAAUGAUGUUAAGUGCCUUUGUGAACUUCCAGAGACAUAUGAAGCAUAUAAGAAACAACAACACCGCUGGCAUUCUGGUCCAAUGCAGUUGUUCCGUUUGUGUUUUGUUGAUAUACUUCGUUCAAAGGUUAGUUGGGGAAAGAAGGCCAAUUUGAUAUUUCUGUUCUUCCUCCUGAGAAAGCUUAUCCUGCCAUUUUAUUCAUUCACCCUCUUCUGCAUCAUUCUUCCAUUGACUAUGUUCCUUCCAGAAUCUGAGCUCCCAGCCUGGGUUGUUUGCUACAUUCCCGGAAUCAUGUCUAUCCUAAGUGUUCUUCCGGCCCCUCGGUCAUUUCCAUUUAUAGUGCCUUACCUUCUAUUUGAGAACACUAUGUCAGUAACUAAAUUUAAUGCCAUGAUAUCUGGAUUAUUUCGCUUCGGAAGUUCUUACGAGUGGGUGGUCACGAAAAAAUUGGGAAGAUCAUCAGAGACAGAUUUGGUUGCCUAUGAGAAGGAAUCUGAUCCUCUAAUGCGAUCUACUAGUCUUCAUAGAUCAUCCUCAGACUCCGGUAUUGAAGAACUAAGUAAACUUGAAUUGUCAAAGAAAAUAGUGAAGACCAAGAGAAAUCGUCUCUACAGGAAGGAACUUGCUCUUGCAUUUAUAUUGCUAACUGCCUCAGUUAGAAGCUUAUUAUCUGCCCAAGGAAUUCACUUCUACUUCCUAUUGUUUCAAGGGGUAAGCUUUCUGGUUGUUGGUCUUGAUUUGAUAGGAGAGCAGGUUAGUUGAGCUCCUAAUUUGGUAUAAAAUCUCUCAAAUUCUCAUUGAUUCAAGAUUAAAAAAAAGGUCAGAAUGGCCGAACCUUAAACGUAUCCCUGAACGCGUUGAUUUGAGCCUAAGCUGUUCAGUGGUUUGCUUCUUGGGGCCAACUUGAAGUUCUGUUUGUCUUUUUGGUGUAAGGACUUCUGCCCCCAUUGUUGUUUCAGUUCCGAAUGGCAAAAGGUGUUAACAAAGAAAAAAUGGUGGGUGUGUGUUCAUUUCUGAGCUUCAUAGUGCCUACCAAUAUAUAGUUGUUUGCCUGCAUGAACUGAAAAAAGUGGAAAUUGUUGGAUUCUAACAUUUCCUAUUCUUUUUCCUUAUUGACAAGCUGUACAAUCACAUAUAGCUUCAUUGUGUCGGUUGCUCAAAUUGUAUUUGUAGUGAGAUUUUUCAUUUCUAGUACAACUCUCAGCAAGCAUGUUUUCAUCGUUUGCCAUUGAUUUUA